AUGCACCAAUUGAUUGGUAUCGGUUUGCUUAUUGGCGUCGUCGCCGUCGCGAUGGGACCCGCGUUUCCGAUUCUCGGCAUUUUCGAGAAGAACUUUCCCGAAUUGCCCGAAAUUGAAUCGUUCUAUGACGUCAAUCAAAUAUCGAUGUACAUUUUGAAGGCGAUUUCGUGUUUUGUUCUCGCUGCCGCCUCGAUGGUCCUUUACACCGAUAUUGUUGGUCCGACGACGAUUCGCGCGAUUGCGUCGAUACUAACGAAAAUUUAA